UUCAAAUAGUACGACAAAUAUUUUGUGUACGCCUCGAACUUCGAAGUCGUGAUUUGAAAAUCGUGAUCAGUCUUAGGUAAUAGUGGUUUCUAGACUGGGAACUGGGACAACGUUCCGCAGUUUUUAAAAUCGAACUGCAGUGAGGUUGCUGCCGCAAAACCGUAUUGGCUGUUUAGGUUAAAGCCCGUUGAGUGGAAAGUUUUCCUGAUCUCAACAAUGUCUGGUGUCAUCAUACAAACUGCUCCGACGUCACUGACCAAUGGGCAGCUCCACAAUCGGAAAGCAGUCCUAAGGUUUGGAGUUCUACAAGUAUUAUUUGGGAUACUACUUGUUAUACUGGACAUUAUAGCAUUCACCUGGUACUCUCCCGCGGAUAAUCGAACUCGUGCCAGCACCGCAUACGGUUCCGGCUGCUGGGGUGGUGGUUAUUUCGUUAUUACCGGUAUAUUUGGUGUGCUGGCUGGACGCAUUAUACCACCCCAACAAGGACCACGGGUUCGUCGUGGCUUUCUGAUCACAUCAUUGGUACUCAGCAUUCCCGGUUUUAUCCUUGCUCUGACAAUGAGCGUAUUAAUUGAUAACGAUUUGGUGCUUACUCAGUGGAUUCUGCUGCACUGUUCGAGCUGCAUUCUCAUUCCCGGCGGCACUGAAGCAUUUUCAUUACUUGCGGCUCACACUGCCUUCUUCAGUAUUAUGAUGGCGGUCAAUCUUGGUCAGGUGGUGUCGACCAGCGUCAACAUCCACAAACUGCCCAAUACUGCUCGCAGUUUGAAUUUUGACGUCAAUUAUGGACCCUAUACAAUACCCUCGGUUGCUGAUCAGCAAACGUCGUCGACAACUGACCAGACAGACCACGCCCGGGCAAAAGUCACGCCAUUGGUUCCCGCUGAUUGGCUUCCACCUCCUUAUGAAUCGCUACCACUGCACAGCCACAUUCAACAUGCUGAUGGCUCGAAGUAGCCAUUCGAAGCUGGAACUCGGCGCAUUAACACUACAGCUGCAUAUCACUUUAUUGCGAUUGUCGAGGGUUUUUUUUAUUGAGUUAUUCAAAUUAACAUUGGUAAACUCAAAAUUACACUGUACGCAGUUCGCAUCGUUUCAACACACAGUACACUUCAUCCAUUCUCUUACUGAUACAAAACGUUUCCUGAACGCCACAUCGCACUAAAGCAAUACUGAUUCUCUGCUUCAGGAAUUGAGUGUUGUAGGCUAAAUCUGAAAUGCGAGACUAGUAAGUGAUUAACAAGGAAGCAGUAAUUGUUGCAUACCAGUCGAUGUC